GAUAGCGAGACAGCAUUGAAGCACUUGUCCAAAACACUGUAUAGAAAUGUAUAAGUUUGAAGAAGUCGAGAAAAAAAUCGCCAAAUAUGACUAUGUCCGGUUUUCCAUCUGCGACCUGAACGGCAGCAGUCGUGGUCAAGUGGUUGCUAGACGCCAUGUUAGGACCUAUCUGGAAAAAGGCCUGGACAUGUUCCAGGGUGUCUUGGCAUUUGGCCCUCAAACAGAGCUUGUUGGAAUAGAGCACGAGGAGAACUUUGGCAAUGUAUUGAUUGUUCCUGACUCUGACACACUGAGGUCCAUUCCCUGGGCACCAGAGAGGGUGAAGGUUGCUGAGAUGCUGUGCGAGUCUCGGUGGAAGAAAGACAACUCUCCACAAGAAGCAUGUCCUCGGUACGCAGCAAGGAAACAGCUGCAGAGGUUGGAUAAUCUUGGAUUGAAUUUUUAUUCUGGCCAUGAAAUUGAGUUUCAACUCCUUGAAAAUAAUACCUUGGAGCCAGUUUUUGAUUACAAUUCAGACUUAAGCCAAAGGUUAUUGAACAAGCACAGCACAGUUUUAUUUCACUUCGACAAAAACUUUCAAGAAUCUGAUAUUGAUGUUGAAAGAUACCAUGUUGAGCUAGGGCCAGGUUUUUUUGAAGCUGUGACGAAACCAAAAUAUGGAAUUGAGAGCGCCGAUAUGGCUUUUAAUUUGCAGGAAGGUCUCCUGGAAAUGGCGGAUCAGAAAGGUCUUAGAGUAACCUUCAUGUCUUAUUUGUCCUCUAAAGAUAAAACGGGUAUUGCUACACAUUUCAAUUUUUCCCUCUGGAACAAAUCUGGAGAAAACGUGUUUUAUGAAGUGGGUGCUCCGGACAAACUCUCUGUAGUUGCUAAACAGUGGAUUGCCGGUAUCCUUAAGCACAGUAAAGCUCUCUCUGCUUUCACGAACCCAACGGUCAACUGCUACAGGAACUUUAUCAAUCCUUUUAAACCUGUGACUCCCAACUGGGGAAUAGAAGAUCGACAAUCGUGUCUCCGCAUCAAGAACGAAGGUCCAUGGAAAACAUACAUCGAGAACAGACUUCCAAGAGGAAAGAGCAACAUAUAUCUUGUGAUGGCAUCUACCAUUGCUGCUGGAUUGGAUGGCGUUGAAAAGAAAAUGGAGUGCCAAGUCCCGGGGAAACAAGACCAUGCUGAAUCGCUCCCCAGUUCCCUGGCUGAGGCUCUGGAAGAACUGGAACGGGAUGAGGAUUUGUGCAAUGCCUUAGGAAAGGAACUGGUGACAUUGUUCGUCAAGAGCAAGAGAGAUGCGGAAAUCGCCAAGUAUGAAGGCAUCGAGACUGAUGAGGAAAGUUUUGCAAUAGAGAAAGAAGACUACCUUUAAAAAUAAAAUUGUCAUAAUGCAACUACAUUGUUGCUGUCUCAGGGGUGGAGGUUUUAUCAUUUCCUAAAACAUUGUAUGUUAUGUAAGAAAUAUUAAUUUGUGUAGUCAUAUCUUAGGAGAUUUUGACAAGCAAAAUUACGUUUUGGUGAACUGAAGCAAUAUUCACUCUUAUACUCCUGAUCAGCACAUGUGUGUAUUUAAAGUGUAUUGUUUAAAGUGAAAUGUCAGCUGCAUAUUGUUGAAGUUGCUUGACAUUUAAACAGAGAAAUAUACGCUAAAUAAUGAGAGUCUAUCCAAUAUAUUUAUCAUCUGAAUUCACUGAUAUAAGAUUGAUGCAAAUAAUGUAGGGAAACAUUUCCUAUUGUGACAUAAUGGAAAAUUAUGUCAAUUGUUUGCAGAAAUGGUCCUGUUUUCAUUGUCAAAUAUUCACCUUUUACAUCCACUAGGGUCCCGAUCCAAAAUUGAGUUUGCAGCCGUUCGACCUAUCGUAACUCUAUAGUUUUUAAAAGGAUUAAGAAGUUCGAACAUUUCGUGGAUCGGGACUCUGUCACCUUUUGUUAUAUAGUUGCACAUGUAACGGAACAAGUCGAAAUAAUAAGUGCUUUCUUAUAUCAUAGCGCACUUUCGCUAUUACUUCGACAGACAUACAUGUAUGGACGUAAUUUCCUCAGCUGGCUUGUAGCGCCUUUUCUUACGUAAGCUUUACCUUUUAUUCCUACCUUUCAGGUUUUGUAUACAGCAGUGCUCCACCGUCUUUAUUUAUUAAACGUGUUACUCC